AUGCUGCGCUAUGACAGAAGUUCGGCGGCGUAUACGAUCAGCUUCCGAUGAUGCCAUCGUUGAGGGAGGCAGGAUCUGCCACCACAGCUCAGCCGGAGGCAGGGGAGCGGGGGAAUCGCGGAAUAACUGGAGUGCAGGGAGGGGGACCCUUUAUAGACGUUUUCCACGCCGAUGGAGAUUGGCGAGUCGACGGUGGUUGGUGUCGGCGCCGGUGCAGGAAGACCUUGAAUUGGCGGGUCUACCACGCCGCAGACAACGGAGACCAUUACCAAUAAGUUUUUUCAAUGUUAAAAGGCCAUUCUUUUCCUCCCAAACUCUGUCAUGAACCUUCUGCCAUCCGACUCUUUGUAUCUCUCUUUCUUACUCUGUCUCACUCUGUCUCUCUCUCUCUCUUUAUCUCUAACUGACGAACAGUCGGGGAAGGAGCGGACUUUUUGUCCUGUCCUUUAGGGUCGGUCCUAGUCUCCCAAAGUGGCUCUCGAAAGGCCAGAGAUUUUCUGUCCGUCUCAUCGAUGAUGUGACGUUUAGUUUAGAAUAAAACUGGUCUACUUCGUACUUAGCAUGGGCCAUUAAAUAAUAUUUCGAGAAUAGUUAUUUAUGAAACCUUACUGAUAUUCAUUUUGCAAGCUUUCACAAGGAUCUAACCUGCCUACUCUUUUGCGAGUACGACCUGUCGUAGAGAGUGACCUUUGACCUUUCACAAGGUGGUGAGAAUUGACCUUUUAAUAGUUGACUGUUGACUGUUGACGAAAGGCUGAAUGUGUUGAAUAUGUGGAUUGGCUCGAACCAGAGGGGCGGCUGGUGUGGACCAAGUUGUCCGGCAAGUUUUGGACUAGCAAGGUGAGAAGGGCUUGACCAAUGGUCCUGGGUGGCUUGAACGGGGAUGGCAGUUGGGCUUGGACCAGGCAGUCAAGCUGGUUGGGCUCGGAUCAGUUGGUGGGUUGGUCGGCUCAGACUGAACUGGUCCGGUUCAGGCCGGCGGUUCCGGCAUCAUCAACCAGUGGCGUUUAAACCUAUUCGGAGGGAGGUGAGAGGGUGCAUGACUGGGUCGUGCAGGUGGCGAAGGGGGAGGUGGCGAUGACGGCAGCAGAACGGGUCGAGGGGAACGAAGGGGAUGGUGGCAGUGGGCAGUGGUGGCAAUGGCAUCGAAGGCAAAGGUCUUACAUGGGAAAUAACAAAAAAUAGCAAGUAAAAUAAAGAAAGCCCAAUAAUAAGAUCCACUAAGGGAUCCCACUAAGGCCGAUCGGACUCUCGUCUUGCAUCAGAUUGGGAUCCUUUAAGGAAGAGAAAUACUACGAGAAUAAAUAGUUUCCAGAGUCAUAAACUUUAAUUAUUACAUACAAAGUGAAAAAUAAGUAUUCUCAAGUGUAAGUUCUAGAACACCCAUCUUAUAUUAUGUCCCCCAAAUUGGAGUUAGCUUAUCCAAAGAAUCACCAUUUUUAGAAACACCCCUUCUUCCAUGUGCAUGCCCAUUACUUAAUCGACAACAUAGGUGGGUGGGUACAUCUUCCAUAGGACCCUCAAGGCUCUUUACCUUGAUCAAUACUGUGAUGAUUAAAGUAACGUGUCACUUUUUGCCUUCAUAAUAGCCUUUAGAUAAUUUAAUUCACGAGAGGAUAGCCAUUUAAUGAGUAAAUGAGUGUGAAGGUUGUUUUAGAACCAAUGAGUUUACAUUUCACAACUUUUGAGAUGAGUCCCAUUUCGAAGGUUUGGAGGGAUAACAUUCCAUAACAAAUUUAUUAGAUGAAAUUGGAUUCAAGUAGAAGGGGAUGAUGCCUAGUUGAAAACAAUGUGGGAUGAAGCCAAUUUUGGCAUAAUCCUAGUUUGAAUUGACUUGAACUUGAUGAAAUGAGUAUCUUCCAUCAUAAAGAAAAUACAAGGAAAUGAUAAUGUUGUGCAAGAGGAAUUGAUAAAAUUAGGUGGAAUGUUGGAGAUGGGGGAGAAGUAUCACAUUUUACAAAUAUAGAAAAAUAAAUCAACAUGAUUAUCGUAAAAAAUAUCAAACUUGGUUAAUAAUUAACGUGACAUAAUCAUUUUAUAAUAAAUCAUACAAAUUUAUAAUUUAUAAAACUAAAAUAUUAAUUUUAAUUUUUUUAGAACAAAUAAAUCAAUUAUAAUUAAAUAAAAGGUUUCACAAAUAGUGAGAAAUUUCUAAGUCAAUCUUAGAGAUGUAAGAUAAUAUAAUUUAAUAUUUUAAUUUUUUUAUAAAUAAUAUAUAUUUUUAUGAUUUUUAGUCUAAAUGAUAAAUAUAAAUUAUAUUUAAAAAUUGAUAAAAGUGUAGAUGCCAAGAUGUUGUAGCACUCUAAUGCCAAGAGACUCAAGUACUGAAUCAUUUGUCAAUUUGUAAUGAUACUCUAUGAAUCACGUUGAUGAAAUUUUCAUUGAUGAUUGAGUGAUUCUACGAAUCAUUUUCAUUGUUGAUUGGUGCUUUGUAGGAAAAUCAUGAUUGAAUCAUAUAAAAAUAUGAAUUUUGACUAUAUUGGUCGAUUGCUAGUAUGAGAGAGAGAGAGAAUUAAAUAACUCUUAUCAAGUGAUGUUAUAAGAGUGUCUCCUUCUUAUCAUUAAUAGGCAUUUUAGACAUAAAAAUAUAUAAAAAUUUACCUAUGAAUGUUAGCGUCGUUUUAGUCCCACUUUAGCUAUUUUUUAGUGAUUGAUACGAAUAUAUAAUAAUGCCUCAUUUUACAUUUGAGUUCCCUCUACUAGAAUCAAAAUGCUUAAGACUACCUAAGGAGAGGGGUAAGCUAAGUGGUCCACCCCCAUAUAUACGUGUGUAUGAACACCUUGCCCCACAAUCGAUUGGCCUUUGAGACGUGUGACGUGACUCAGUCGUUGUAUAUUAAAUCACGCAAAUCUAAAAUUUAUAAAACUAGAAAAUACAAAUUUUCAGAUAUUUAGAAGUAUUUAUGAACAAAUAUAUCAAUUAUAAUUCAAUAAAACUUCUAAAAAUAACAGUAAUUUUCCAGGUCGAUCACAGGGAUGUAAUAUAAUAUAUGGUAAUUAUUCAGAAUUUUCCUCAAUGAAUACGAUUUUCUACGAAUUGUAUACUAGGAAAUGAAAAGGAAAUAUAUUUAAAAUUCACGAAAAAGGGAAAUAAGGGUGUGGACGUCAGGAUGACGUCAGCGCCCGGCGAACGCGAAUCGGGCGAAAACAGAGUUCCGCCCGAUGAUUCUUACGUAAACGAUUACAAAUGAUUUAAUUAAUCAAAUUAAGAUUUGUAAAAGCCGGAAGAAUCGUAAUAGAACAAAGUAUAUUUUGGUAAAUUAAAAUCACAAAAACUAUCACUAAAUGAAGCGUAAAGUAAGUUGAAAGCAGGAAAACAGAGUUCCGGCAUCGCAACGGCGAUACGUCGGCGAUGCACCGGAAUCUUGAGCAUUCGGGAGGAUCAUCGUGUAGUGUCCACGGCCUCGAAGGCUCUCCUUGGACAAAGACGACGUGGGCAAUCUCUAGAUCUCCUUUCGAAGUCUAGAGAUCAAUGGAAUGGGUCGUCGAGUCGUCUCCAGCGGCUGUCACCCGGCAGAGCGGAAAAACGGCGACUUUGUGGCUCUCCGGCGACUGUCACUCGACGGAGAGGAGCUGGAUGGAGGUGGGGCACAUGUCAGGGAGCUUCAUCCUCAGGUCCGCGCAGCAAGAGGAGGCUCUUCAUCGCAUCUAGUACGCUCUCAAGAGGUGGCGACUCGUCUCACGGUGGAUCGUCCUCUUCCCGACGAUGGCUUGUUCGUCGAUCAAUCGGAGAUGAUUUACUCGAUGGAUUCGCGAUCCUUUUAUCGCGAAUCGUUCAGUAAUUUUAGUAGCAAUGCUCCGCGAAUCGCGUUGACGAGAUUUUCGCCGAUGAUCUAGCGAUUCUGGUUGCUUAAUCCUUCACCGACGAUCUGCAGGAAAGUCGCGAUAAUCAGAUAAAAAUAUAUGAAUUUUGACUCUGGGAGGAUUCGAACCCGCGUCGGUUGUCCGCCCCUUCUGAGGAAGGUGUGACGCAGGUUUAGUCUCACAUCGGUUGUGCGUCGAUUUUUCAGGUGAAUAUAUAGUAAUGUUAGCUUUCUAAACAAAGUCCCUUCUCUCGCGUGUACGACCACUCCUUGCCCCACAGCCGGCUAGCCACUGGUGACGUGGAAGGGGAGUGGCGCACACGUGCCCCUAUCGGUCCAAGCCGCUCGAGCCCCUGCUCACGGCUACUCCCCGACUGAGCUUCCGACCUGCUUGCGGGCCCGGCUGGCCGGCGGGUCCUUCCCUCAUUUUGUCUUAUUUUUAUUUCUUUUUCUUCAUUUAUCUCAAAAGCAAGACUGUAAAAAUCAUAUAAAUUCAUGUAAAAUCACAUAAUUACCCAAAAAUUCACAUUAAUCAAUUGAAAACCACUUUUCACACUUUAACACAAAUAUAAGUCUAUUUAUCAUGAGUUAAGGCUAAAACUAUAUUAUUUACUAAUUAUUAACUCAUGAUAAUGAAAACUGAUCAACGUGGAAGGAGAGCGAUGCACAUGUGCAAUGUGUGUGUCCCUUAGCCACUAGAGCCCCCCUGACUCAUGGUUCCCUUACUGUGCCUUCAACCUACAUGCGGGCUUAGCUAGUUAGCGGGACCCCCCUUUUUCUAUUUUUUAGAAUUUUAUUUUAUUUCAAAGACAUCCUUAUAAAAAUCAUAUAAAUUCACAUAAAAUCACAUAAUUAGCCAAAAGUCACAUCAAUUAACUAAAAACUAGUUUUAUUAAUUUAAAAUAAAUAUAAAUAUUUUUAUUAUUAUUUAAGGCUUAAAACAUAUUAUUAAUAAAUUAUUAACUCAUGAUAAUGAAGACUUAUUAAUAACCUGAAUGAAUCAAUCUAUAAAAAAUAUAAAAAUUACAAAAAGGGGCUAAGUUGAUAAUGGCAUUAUGGAGGUCUCAAUUUAUUUACCUUGAAGACUAGUAUGAUUGAUAUUAUUUUCCAUAACCUCUAUAGAUUUACUUUACAUAAAUGUUGAAUAAUAAUGUUAUCCAUUUAGUGUCACUAUUUUCAUCCUUAGUUUUGAUAGAAAUUGAUACGAUGAAUUGAAACCCAAAAAGGUAGUCAAAUAGUUCAAAAAUUUCAAUUGUGAUCAACAAAUUUACAACAAUGAUCCCAUAAUCUUGUCAUACAUUGACACUAUUGUUGUAUGAUGUAUUCUCAUUUCUUCAUGAGUUGUGAUAUGGGAGUGGUCAAAUGUCUACUUUUGUGUAAUACUUUAUUGCAUUUGAUGAGUAAUUGAAAUUAUCUUCACAUUCUUCCUUCUUGAACUUGCAACCAUAGUGGUCCAAUGUUUUUGAAAUCAUCUAUUGUUUUUUGCACUAAUUUAAUUAAUAAUUAUUUAAUAGAAAUGAUUAAAGAACAACAAUAAAGAAAGAGGGAUACAUGAAGAUAUAAAAAUAUUAAAAAAUCUAAUCAUGUUGAGAAAGAUUUACGCAAGAGAUUAAAUAAAUAUAUAUUUAAAAAUAUCGUAACCUAUUUAUGACAAUUCUUUUUCACUAACCAAAGAGUAGAAGAAGGAUGAAACUGACUAAUGAUUGGAAGAAAGUUACCCCAUUACUAGUUAAAUUGAAAUACAUUGGCCACCACAAGAGUAAGAUCUAUUGUCCACAAAGAUCAUCACAUCAACCAAGAAAUGAGAGUCUAAUUAAAUAAAUAAGACUCUAGGCUUCUCAUGUGUAUUCAUGAUCGCCAUUCCAAGUAUAAGAAGAGUAACAAUUCGAUUUCUUCACAGUAGAGAAAUCAUCCUUAACAUUGAUGUUAGUGGUCUGACCCCUCAGCACAACCCCACUAAGGUCGUUCUUGUCAGCCUCCAAAGUUCUACUAAUGACACGAUGGAUGUGGGAGAUCACCUCUAUGAAGGUGGUUUUCACAUAAAUAGAUUGGAGGGUGAAGGUCUCUAUGAAGAAGCUCUUCUCCCUCUCAACAAAGGCCUAGGCAUCUUUAGUGACUGCUAGCAAGUGGUGUUAGUUAGCCUUGUUGUCGAUGAGCAUCAUGAUGGUGCUAACAUCUUUGUGGCCUCAGAGCUCUUUGAGCCAUCUUUUCAUAUUUUCAAAGGUGAUUUUUCUAGCCAUGUUGUAGAGCCAUAGGGCCUCUACAACUCUUUUGUAGUAUGUGUUGGUGAUGACUCUAUAUCUUCUUUGAAGAAGACAAGUGUUUGUUUACAACAUAACAUGGAUCAAAUGUGCUAUGUAAGAGAAACACAAAACACUAGUUUUGAUAUCAAUUGAUAUGCAACUAGUUGAUUGUCUUAGGUUUGAAGAUUGACUUUGUGUGUUUCUAAAUAAUUUAUUAUACAUUCAAAUAAUGUCUCACCUUCUUGUGGUCUGAAAAAUUUUGUGGAAGUCAAAAGUGGUAUAAAUGAAUAACAUGCACUUUAUUCCAUUCUAAAUAAAAUAUUUACUAGAAAAAAAUAUAUAGAACUUUUAAUUUGUGGCCUUAUCUCUAAAUUAUAGAGAGGAGACAACUUAGAAGAGAGCCCAUGGAGACAAAACUUUCCUUAAUAACUACCUUCUCUGAUAAAAUAAAACUUGUUUUAUGUCUGGUCAUAAUAUUUGGUAGUUACACACUUAAUUAUGAGAGUAAUUAAUGUGCUAAGUGUCGACUAUAGUGCACACUUAGCACACAUCUCUUAUGCAUCACUUAUGUUAUGUGCACUAUAGUAGUUAGACUCAUGUUGCAUGCACCUCUUAUGCACUCAACGGUGGUUACAUUUGUGUGAUGUGUCUCUUUAUAUAGUAGUAAUAAUAUUUGUCAUGUACAUCCUACACAUGUUAUGAUAGUUACUCUCACAUGUGCCUCUUGUGUGUAUGUCACCUAAGUAAUAUGUGUGUCGAUGCUAACUCACUUUGUGUCAUACUGUGGUGCAUUAACAUGUCUCAUAAUAUGUACAGUUGCCCCACCAUACUAUGAUAUAUGAAUGUCAUGCCUAUGAAAUUUGUCGAAAUCUCACUCUGCACUAGUGAGGACAUGCUACUAGUGAUCACUUACUCUAGUACCACAUGCCUCUAAAUGUCUUCCAUGUGCCACCACACAUGUCACUUCAUGCCAUCAGUCCUAUUGAAUGGCUUACACACUUGCACACCUACUCUUUAUGUGUGUAGUCAGGUUUUGUUGUAGAAACCUCAUGCUAGCAACUAUGGUUAUGACAUCAUCUCUCACUUAAAAAGUAUGACAUUAUUGUUAGAGAUUGUCCUUCAAGGUAUCUUAAGAUAUUAGUAUUUAAACUAAGGGUCACCAUCUCUUAUUCCUUUGUUGCAUGUAUCCAUAUGUUGUUUGGCAUACCUUGUUCAACUAUCUUACCCUAUCCUAAGUAAUAUCAACAUAUGCACAUUAUAUAACCAUAAUGUGUUAGUUAUGCAUCUAUGCUCACCUGCAAUUAAGCAUCCUUUAAGUGCAUACAAUAGUCUCAUAACUUAUAUUUUAUUUGAUGAAGUUAGAGAUUUUGUCCUUCCCUCUAUUGUUAAAAUUCUUUGUCUUUACAUAAACUUGAAUAUUGAUAUACUAUUUGAUGAGUCUUUUGAAUUGUUAGAGAUUAGUAUCAUAUUCUCAUGUCAUUUUGUUCUCUAGUGUCUCUUACUAUUUAAUGAUGUAACAAAAGUCUCGACUCACUUUUACUUGUACUAAUAGUAAUUGGAUCUUCUAAUACUUAUAAAUAUCAUGAGCGAAUUGUAGAACAUCACUUAAUCAUUGACUUGGUACUCUUUGUCAUAACAACUCUGAUAUGAGCUCUUUUACUUUUAAUGUGUCCCAUAUAUCAACCCCUUGUGUGCCUCCUCUUCACAUUUCUUACGUUUUUGUACAAAUUAGUGUGUUACUUGAUAGAGUGAUACACCUACUAAUUUGUUACCUUUGACAAUAUUAACAAUUAAUAACAUGUUGUGAGUUCAAAAAAUAAACAUUCUAAGACAUAUUGGUGGUGGUCAUGCACCCAAUAUGAAUAUAUCACAUAGUUGAUUGUUGGUAUAAAGAUGUGUAAGGGGCUAAAUUAUAUGUCUAGUCGCCCAAUAGAUUUUAAGGAUUCUCUAUGUCUUAUGCUAGAAGCUACCAAAGUGUGUUAGCAAUGUUUACCAUGCCAUCUUAGUGUUGAAUACUAAUAUUGUACUUAUUGAGUGUGUUGUUACAUGUACCAUAAUCACAUACUCAUUUGUGUGUGCUAUGUGCACACUGUUGCUUAAGCAUGUGCUUUACUUGUGUCUACCUAUACCCAUGUGCUGCUUGUGGACGUGCCUCUUGGCAUAUCCCUAUAAAGUAUAUGCCAAUGCUUAUAUUUAUAUGUAACAAGAAGAUAGUGUAAAUGAUAAAACACCUCCACUUGAAAAUAUAUUAAAAUGUCUAUUUCGAGUAUGACAUUAAAGUUGUUCAGCUCAAGUAUUUGGGAGUUUUACCAUGUGGUGUCGGUAGGAAUACAAGUUGUUGAGUUAAUAGUCUUAGCUUGUUCAUAUCUUUGAUACAUUGUCAGCUCCAUUUGUGUUAUCUCCUUCUCUAAGAGGAAGUUACAGGUUAUUUAAUUAUCGACUAUCAUGAGUGUAGUUUAGUAAUUGAUAGAAAAUCUCUACAUAGAUCAGCUUAUCUCUAUUGAUUCUUUUAAUCUUAUUCUAUAUUAUUACAACACACACAUCACUAUAAGGAAUUGAAGGUCAGUAUAUACUCUACUUCGUUCUCAUCACAUUAAUAAUUUUUUUUGAAUAGUCACUCUUCGUACAUGAUCUUCUAUAUAUGUAGCAAUCAACUUUAUUUUCCUCACCUUGUAUAAUCAAUGCAAUAGUCAUGGGUCUUUUAUAACCCUUAAUAGUUGCUAACCCUUAACACUCUAUAUGCUUGGUGUUGUUGUAAUAAUCUUUAUAAUUGAUUCUCUAGUCUAACUAUUUUAUAUCUCUUAACAUCAUAGAGGUGUUGAAGCUAUGUAAGUUAGUGAGUUCAUUUGUUAUCAUCAUUAUAAAUUUGAAAUUCUAAGUACUCUAAUGCUUGACUAUCAUUUGUGUCCAUACUUAUAACUGUCUUACAAAAUUGAAUAAUUUUAUCAUCAUCUAAUAUUUCUUUGAUGUACAAGAUGAUUGAAGAUUUGUUUUACAUAUUUUUGAAUUGUCUCUGUGUGAUAGAGUUGCCAAGUAGUCUAGAGGGUUGAAAGUACUCUUUUAACUCUAAACUUGCUUAACAAGUUGAUAAGGGUAUACAACUCAUCUUCUAUCUUUGUCUUCCACUAUAGCUUGUCUAGAGGUGAAGCUCACUAAGUGGACCCACUCCUCUAUAUGGCUAGUUGAAUGCACUCUUCUUCUAAGAUGAGUCUCGCCUAUUAAAAUUAGUCUAGAUCCCACAUGAAGUUCUCUAAUUUCUACAUGUUGUAGGCUCUUACAAAUGUCUUGAGUUUUGUCACCUUCUAUCACUUGAGACUCUUUGCUUGAGGGCCCAUGGUCACUAGACAUUUCACCAAUGUCACAUUGACUAAAAAGAUAUAAUAGCCUUCUCAUAGCUUGUUAACUUUGUCAUUGUUCACCCAAGGUGAGCACAAAUCAAAUGCUACAUGCAUUGAGACAAUACUUACUUCAUCCAUCUGCUCCUCCAAAGUAGAUAAUUAGUUGUCAUUGGUUUGAACCAAGUUCUUCAACACAUUAACUUUCUCCUUUACUUGACUAAUAUAUAAACUCUACACUCCACAUUAUGUAGAACUCAUGUUAAAAAUUUCUCACAUAAGUAAACUCAUUUGCUCUAUCAUCAAUUGUUGAUUUACUAACUAGUGACUUGAUCUCUUUGUGAUGUUAAUUGAUAUCACAUAAAUAGUAUCAUGUGUUGUGUGGAUACAUUUACUUGGCUCUUAUAACAAUUGUCACGUGAUCAAUUGAUUUUUAUAGUUCUAAUGAUUGAUCUCGUUCAUCCUUUAAGGAUCUACAUCAUGUUCAAGUAAUACAUUAUCUUCUUGUAAUAUAAAAGGUGUUGUGGAAGUUAAAUUGAUGAGAGAUGAAUAACAUACACUUUAUUUCACUUUAGGGAUAAAAGAGGUAGAAAAGAAUAUAAGGAAGAAGUCAUAUAGGUCGACCCCCUACUUAUAAGAGAGAGCUUAUGGAGUCAUAGCUCUCCUUAAUAACUAUCUUCUUUAAAAAUGUAGGACGUGGCCCAUGUCUUAUUCUAAUGGUUGAUAGUUACAAUCUUAAUUAUGAGAGUAAUCAAAGUGUCAAAUGUGGACCAACAUAUUAUUAUGUGUAGAAUGUGUGAUAACCCUUAUGAUAUCACUUUAUAAAGAUAUUCAUUUACUUAUUUCACUAUCUUUUAUGUAGUCAAAUGACCGACAAAGGUUUGAAUCUUACUAGAGUUAACACUCAUAUUUUUAUCUAAUUAAAUCAUGAUUUUCUUAUAGAGUGUCAUUCAAUGAUUAAAUCAUCAAAAUUGCUCAAUGAUUAAUGAAGAUGUCAUCAAUGUAAUUUACGAAGCAUCUUUACUAAAUUGUUGAAUAAUUUUAGAUAAAAAGAUCAUGAAUCUAUCAAGUAAAUUAUAUUUGAUUGAUCAACAAAUAAGUCUUUGUGGGAAAGAGGAUGAUUCAUCAAAAGAUGAAUUGCCACCUCUUGAGAGCAUACUAGAUGUGAUGAAGAACUUCCUCUUAUUAUAUAGACUUAAGGAUAAAGCUUUCUAAGAUGUACCCCACCUCUAUUUAACUUAUCUCUAUCAUGUGAUAGAUAUUAGAGAUUCAUAAGUUGUUUUGUUUUCGCUCCACCAGGUGACAAUCAUUAGAUUCAUCGAUUAACCUCAUCAAUUUCUAGACUUCAUAAGAAGAUCUAGAGAUUGUCUACAUUGUUCAUGUCUAACGAGAGUCUUUUAAGUCAUGGACAUUGUACGAUAGUCUUCUAUAAGCGCUCAAGAUUCCAACACAUCACUACUGUGAUGAUGGAACUAUGUUUUACUAUUUUUAACUAAUUUAAUUUCUAUCAUCAUUUUUUGGACUUCAAAAAGAGAUCUAAAUAUACUCAAAUUGUCUAUGUCCAAAGAAAACCUUUGAAGCCAUAGACAUCACAUGAUAAUCAUCUCAAAUGUCUAAAAUUCUGAUGUAUAACCAUUGUGACACCAAAAUUAUGUCUUACUUGUUUUAAACUAGUUUAAUUUUUAGAUUAAUAAUAUUUUAUUUUAUUUUAAGUUUUAAAACUCCUUAGUCAAUUUUUAUUCUUUUAUGUUUAUAGAUUUCAAUUUUACAAAUUGAAUCGUCAGUAAUCAUAAAUUUUUAAGUAUAUUUUAUAUUCAUCAUUUAGUUUUAAAAUCAUAAAAAAUCAUAUUAUUUGAGAUUUUUUUAUAAAUAUAAUCAUAUUAUCUUUAUAUCUUUGUGAUCGACUGACGUGACUUAGUCGUUGUAUAUUAAAUCACGCAAAUAUAAAAUUUAUAAAACUAGAAAAUACGAAUUUUCGGAUAUUUAGAAGUAUUUCUAAAUAAAUAUAUCAAUUAUAAUUCAAUAAAACUUCCAAAAAUAGCAGUAAUUUCCUAGGUCGAUCACAUGGAUGUAAUAUAAUAUUUUGUAAUUAUUCAGAUUUUUUCUUAAUGAAUACGAUUUUCUAUGAAUUUUAUACUAGAAAAUGAAAAGAAAAUAUAUUUAAAAUUCACGAAAAAAAGGAAAUAAGGGUGCGGACGUCAGGAUAACGUCAUCGCUCGGCGAACGCGAAUUGGGCGAAAACAGAGUUCUGCCCGGCGAUUCUUACGUAAGCGAUUACAGACGAUUUAAUUAAUCAAAUUAAGAUCUGUAAAAGCCGGAAGAAUCGUAAUUGAACGAAGUAUAGUUUGGUAAAUUAAAAUCACACAAAAUAUCACUAAAUGAAGUGUAAAUUAAAUUGAAAGUAGGAAAAUAGAGUUCCGGCGUCGCGACGGCGAUGCGUCGGCGAUGCACCGGAAUCCUGAGCGUUCGGGAGGAUCGUCGUGCAGUGUCCACGGCCUCGAAGGCUCUCCUUGGGCAAAGACGACGUGGGCAAUCUCUAGAUCUUCUCGCGAAGUCUAGAAAUUAAUGAAAUGGGUCGCCGAGUCGUCUUCGGCGGCUGUCACUCGGCGGAGCGGAAAAACGGCGACUUUGCGGCUCUCUGGCGGCUGUCACCCGACGGAGAGGAGCUGGAUGGAGGUGGGGCACGUGUCAGGGAGCUUCAUCCUCAGGUCCGCGCAGCAAGAGGAGGCUCUUCAUCGUAUCUGGUACGCUCUCAGGAGGUGGCGACUCGUCUCCCGGCGGAUCGUCCUCUUUCCGACGACGGCUUGUUCGUCGAUCAAUCGGAAAUGA